GGACAUAGCCCCUCAGACGCUGGUACCCAGGAGAACAAACUUUUAGCACACAAUUAAUGUACUUUGUUUAUUGUUUUUAGCUAAAAUAAUGUAACAUUGUGUAGAGUGCAGACCUACUGCUGCAUCCGGGACUACAUAGCUACAACAUUUAACUUAGUUUAACCAACUUUUCGGCAGAUAACGCUAUAAAUCUUAAUCUUUAUAGAGAAAAGGAGCAGCUAAAAGUGUCCUGUACAAGCAAAUGUCACCAGCAAAAAGGAGACUUUUGCUGCAAAAGUGCAAAAGGUCAGUGGAUGCAGCAGAUGUAGAAAGUGGUGGUGAUGAUGGCCACAGGAGAGGAGACGAGAACAACAACAGCCCUCUUCUCAAGUCCCACUUCGAGGCUGUCGUCUCAGGAGAAUGGGACGCCAAACGGGAAGACCCUUGGAGAGCAGAAUUUGUUCAAGCAGGACGUGAAGCAAGUUACGAGCAAGGUGAAACACUCUAAAAGCAAGCAGUUCACUGAUGGUCUCCAUCGCCGGCACCAUUUCUCCUGUGACAGCCCUGUGCGUUUCAUGAUGUAUUUUGAAGCUGCUGAAGGCUUCAUUGGCCUCCAUUCAGACAAAACAGUUUGCCUUUACAAAGCUGACGGCCACAAGCAGACUUUAUCAGAACACCUCCCUUUCUUGGGCCUGACCGCCACAAAGACUGCUGGCCGUCUGGUGGGUUGGGGCCCGGGGCCUGUCUUCACACUACUGGACGGUGAGUUAAGCUUCCUGGAUGCUGCCCACGGUGGACUGGACAUACGCGUGUGUCAGGUUUCUGAGCACUCCACAGAGAUGGUGACUGCAGGCGUGGGGAACGUGUGCGUGUGGUCGGUGAUGCUCAUGGCGUGUAAGGUGAAGAUACAGGAUGAGCUGCAGCACGGCACUUUCACUCAAAUGGCGUUGGCUCCCCCACGAUCUGACAGGCCUCACAGGGCAUUCGUUGUGUGCGGGCGGGUCGUGACGGUGGUCGACCUCCGUGCCGGGAAGGUUUUGGAGCACAAGAGGAAUCUCUGCUCACGAGCUAUCACUGCACUGGUAUACUGCUCUAAACUGGACUGUUUGAUCACUGCAUCUCAAGAGCUCUCCAUUAGAGUAUGGGGUCCAGAUUGGGAACUUCGUGUGUCUUUUGUAGAACAUAACGGUGCGGUGAACUCUCUGUUCUACUGUUCUGCAUUAAGCAUGCUGUUAUCAACCUCCAUGGAUUGUACGAUCCGUUGCUGGAACGUGGAAGAGGGUGAUGCGGUUAAGUGUGUCCAAACAGAGCAGAAAAACCCUCCGUUAUGCAUAGGAGGCACUGAAAAGGGAGAUGCUUUCUUCUCCUUCUCUCACCAGGGAGUGGACGUCUGGACCAUCAGAACCUUGUACACCCUCCACUGUAAACUUAGAGGCGGUAAAGGAGCCCCACUGAGACAAAUCCUAGCCUCCCCCUUCCCUGCUCCUUACCCUACUCGACUCCUCUGUGUGAGCGGGGACAGUGAUAUCACGCUUGUGGCUGCAGAAACAGGAGCAGUGUUGACUUCUUUCAAGGCAAAGCAGAGGAUUUUGUGUGCCGACUACUGCCUGCAGAAAGAGAUUCUGCUGGCUCUGACUGACUCAGGUACGGUGCUCCAAGCCAACACACUCACUAAUCCAAUCACUUUGAUGCAAAAGUGGAAGUGGAGAGGCCAGGGGCCCUGGCAGCAAGAGGACAAUGUGACUAAGGAUCUGCCGAUCCCCGGCCCGGCCUGCUGCCUGAUACUCUACAGUGCUGUAUCUGAAACAGAGGGAGCUUUAGAGGAGUGGAGGAGUCUGCAGAAGAGCAGAGGAUGCAGUCACAGGAAUAUGGCGGCUCUUGAUGAUGCCAUGAAUAAGUUUUUGAUCAUCCUCGGCCAUAGUGGAGGCUGUGUGAGUGUUCUGAGAAUCGAUAAUGGGAAGGUGUUGCUCAGGACGCCAGCACACAAUGGCCAGAGAGUCACAGCAAUGCAGGCGUAUCCUGAGAACGGUUACCUCCUCUCCACAGGUGAGGACAUGACAGUGGUGGUGUGGAGAGUAAACCCCUAUGUCCAGGAGUGUCUCAGCCAACAGCGGAGCCUGCACUAUGGCCAGCCUCAAGGCUACCUGGCGGCGCUAUGGCUCCAGCUGGCCCUGCCCUUUCAGGAGCCCGACAGUGACACCUACAACCUGAUGCACUUUAACCUGCUUGACCAGAGCCAGACCGAUUACUCAGCCGAGGAAGGACAUUCAGACCACUUCACAGGAUUGUGUGCGUGUCCUGAUCUGGAGGUGUUUGUCACCAGCAGUCGAGAUGGGACAGUGUGUAUCUGGAAUAAGGAGAAUCACCUCAUCAGGACGCUACAACUGAAUGCAGCUCCUGAGUGUCUGGCUUACGGUGGGAUUGGAGGAGAACUGUUUCUUGGCAUCAGAGGGGAUCUGCACAGGAUGAAUUGUGCAAAGUUCCUGCCAUACAUCUAUCAACAAAUUCUCCUUUACACUUAUCGUGCUGAGCUCAUUCAUGACACGCCUAUCAUCAAGAAUGAAGAAGAGCGCGGCAAAAUAAAGAACGCAAGCACAGACAAAGACGAGGAAAAGGAAUCGGCAGCAAUCGCCAACAAUUUAUUAUUGACCGAAGACGUGUGGAGACAGAAGGUGUCUCUAAGCUCAGAAACCUCAAACAUGGACCUCACUGCACUCCUACGAGGCUCAGUGAAAUGCCACAAAGGGAAGCCUCCCAGUACAAAGGAAACCAAGAAAGAGGCCUUUGGUCGCUACAUGAACAUAUUAUAUGGGCUGCCCCUCAAUAUUAAGAUUAAUUGGGAGGACCCUUUUGACCGAGAUGAAUUUGAGAUGAACUCAUUUGAUCCUGAACCAUAUGACGUCAAGCCCCGUAACCUUCCUACCUUAAAGGAGGACGUACGACGCACUGAACCUAAAGUAAAGACUAGGAAGAAAAAGGCUACAUCUAAAAUCUGUGAACCAAAGACCCCGGUGAAAGUCAAACCACAGCCUGUUACACCCAAGAAACCUGUCAAAGUGAAGGAGUAUGAAGAGCCUCCAGAGAUCAUUUCUCCGAAACCCAAAACUCCUACUCCACCACCUUCUCCUCAUCCAAAGACCCCCCCACCGUGGGAAACCACGGUGCCGAUGUUCCUCAAACAGUUUGCAGAUGCAGACUGGUUUAAAGACCUGUUUCCUGAUGAAACGUGUAUCCCAAGCAACCUGUCUCCAGAGGACCUCGCCUUGCUGCUGCUGGGCCUCCUCAACACCUGCAGCGCUGAGUGUAGGAUCAAGAUCCUCGCUGCACUGCAGGCGCUGUACAGCCAGGGACUCUUACAGAAUAUAGACACGCUUUACCAAGGCCUCCUUGACCUGGUGCCCAAAUUUGCGAGACCUCCCAUGUCAGCUGUGGAACGGGCCGCGCUUGUUGAAAUGUUGAAUCUGCUGAUGCGUCUUAAGCCUGCCAGCAAUGAGUUUGUGAAAACGCUUCUCACCCUUCUGGCUUUUAAAAGGCUGGGUCUCCGAGAAACAGUGCUGCGCAUGCUGACUACAUUAGGUCUAAAUGAGCCUGAGGAGUGGUUGUGGCCAGAGCUGGAGACCUGGGACUCUGAGCUGCGGGACCGUUCUGACAUCUGGAAGAGCCACCAUGACAGAGCAAACUCUUGGCUGGAGUUAUGGCUCUCCAAAUACAAAGAACAUCACGGGUAUCUGGACCUCGGGAGUACAGCAGAGUUUAAGCCGAUGACCUUCAGGGUGAUGGAUGUGCUGAAUUAUUUCUGCUCAGUCCAGAAAGAGGAGUACAGAAAGGCCCGAUGUGUUGCACCUGCUAGUAGCAAAAACACAGUUCUUUUGCCCCUCUAUGACUGCAGUUCUCGACCAAUCCUUCGUCUAGGAGAGACUUACAGCAUGGCCAGGUCAUGGAGGCCACCGGGUGUAAUUCUGCCUCCCCUGAGAAACCGUCCCUUCCUCAUGCACUUUCCCAGUUUCAUCUCUUUGCCGUUACCUCGGGUCAUUCUUCGCCCCUUUCACGACUACUCAGACGAGGACAUGGUGAUGGUCUCGUCUCGCCGCUACUACAUUCAACAGCAGUCGUACGUAGAGUACUACAGGUGA